ACGAGUUGUAUAACUGUCACUGGUUUGAGUCUCAACCACAAACUGAGUUUUCUUCUUGAAUUUUUCACCAAAGAAAGAGAAGUAGGAUCUGAGAUGAGAUUACUUGUACUUACUUGUCUCGUGGCACUUGCCCUGGCUGGAGAUGAUAAGGAAGAUGUUGGAACAGUCAUCGGCAUUGAUCUAGGAACAACCUACUCUUGUGUGGGUGUGUAUAAGAAUGGUCGUGUGGACAUCAUAGCUAAUGACCAAGGUAACCGCAUCACUCCCUCCUAUGUGGCCUUCACUGCUGAUGGGGAGAGGCUGAUUGGAGACGCUGCUAAGAACCAGCUCACCUCCAAUCCAACCAACACUGUCUUCGAUGCCAAAAGAAUGAUUGGGCGCACUUGGGACGAUUCAAAUGUUCAGAAAGAUAUCAAAUAUUGGCCAUUCACAGUUAAACAGAAGAACAAGAAGCCUCAUGUCCAAGUUGACGUCAAGGGUGAGAGUAAGAUGUUUGCCCCUGAGGAAAUCAGUGCAAUGGUGCUGGGCAAGAUGAAGGAGAUAGCUGAAGAGUACCUAGGUCACAAGGUUACACACGCUGUCGUCACAGUCCCUGCUUACUUCAAUGAUGCUCAAAGACAGGCCACUAAAGAUGCCGGCGUCAUUGCUGGUCUCAAUGUCAUGAGGAUUAUCAACGAGCCAACUGCUGCUGCCAUUGCUUAUGGUAUGGAUAAGAAAGAUGGAGAGAAGAACAUUCUAGUAUUUGAUCUUGGCGGUGGUACCUUCGAUGUGUCUCUGCUCACUAUUGAUAAUGGAGUCUUUGAAGUAGUUGCCACCAAUGGAGACACACAUCUUGGAGGAGAGGACUUUGAUCAACGUGUCAUGGACCAUUUCAUCAAGCUCUACAAGAAGAAGACAGGCAAGGAUAUACGCGGUGAUAACAGAGCUGUGCAGAAACUGAGAAGAGAGGUGGAGAAGGCAAAGAGGUCACUUAGUAACCAGCACCAAGCCAGGAUUGAGAUCGAGUCAUUCUUUGAUGGUGAAGAUUUCUCUGAGACACUGACUAGAGCAAGGUUUGAGGAACUCAACAUGGACCUGUUCAGAUCCACACUCAAACCAGUACAACAAGUCCUCGAAGAUGCUGAUCUCAAGAUAGGAGAGAUCGAUGAAGUCGUACUAGUCGGUGGCUCUACACGUAUUCCUAAAAUCCAACAACUUGUAAAGGACUUCUCUGGUGGCAAAGAACCUAACCGUGGCAUUAACCCUGACGAAGCUGUGGCGUAUGGUGCUGCAGUACAAGCCGGUAUCUUGAGUGGAGAGGACCAAGCUAGUGGACUGUUAUUGCUUGACGUCAACCCCCUCACUAUGGGAAUAGAAACCGUGGGAGGUGUCAUGACCAAGCUCAUCCCUAGAAACACCGUUAUCCCUACUAAGAAAUCUCAGAUAUUCUCCACAGCUUCUGAUAACCAACCAACCGUCACCAUCCAGGUGUUUGAGGGAGAGAGACCAAUGACAAAAGACAACCAUCUUCUGGGAAAGUUUGACCUGAACAGCAUCCCACCUGCGCCCAGAGGAGUGCCACAAAUAGAAGUGACGUUCCAAAUUGAUGAGAAUGGCAUCUUAACAGUGACUGCUGAAGACAAAGGAAGUGGAAACACGGAAGCAAUCACCAUCACCAACGAUCAGAACAGACUUACUCCAGAAGAUAUCGAUAAAAUGAUCCAAGAUGCUGAGAAAUUUGCUGAAGAUGACAAACUUGUAAAAGAGAAAGUUGAAAGCAAAAUUGAACUAGAAAGUUACGCAUACUCACUCAAAAACCAACUCAGUGACAACGAAAAGCUUGGUGGCAAACUAUCAGAGGAAGAAAAGAGCAAAAUCUCAACAGCUGUUGAAGAAGCGAUUGAAUGGUUGGACAGUAAUCCUGAGGCUUCAACGGAGGAGUACAAAGACAAGAAGAAGUCCGUCGAAGAAGUUGCUAAUCCUAUCAUCUCUAAACUGUACGAGCAAAAUGCCCCACCCCCUCCUUCUAAUGAAGAUGGUGCCGACUAUGACAAGGACGAACUCUGAACCCUCUUAGGGACAGUUUAAUAGGGAACUUAUUAGCUUUUAAUUAUAACACACUGUUGUUAUUCAUGAUUAAUAUUCCGCACUGUG